CCGUGAACAGCCGCUGAACUGAAAUGUGAAAGCGAAAAGAAUGAAUUUCUGGUGGAAGUAUUUGCACAAUUGCUGAGUAAACGAAGGCCCACAGAACAAGCGACAUGUAUUCAUAAGCGCCGCCGCAGAGUCUGCGAAUUGGAACGCGUACGCGGGUCGUAUUUUAAGCCGUGGUCGCGCCGUAGAGCCGCACUUGCCGCGAGUCGUCCGAUUGGAUUGGCCGACAGCGUUGGGGCAACAACAACGGCUUGAUUAGUUGGCAGUGGACAGAGCUGGCGAUCGCAUCGAUCGGUUAAUCACCUCCUCCAGUACCAGCACCAAUACCCGCCCUGCGCAUCUUCUAGAGAAAUCCCACCAGUCCGAGGAGUCAUCAUUCAUCAUGGGCCUGCGAUUCCAGCAGCUGAAGAAGCUCUGGCUGCUCUACCUGUUCCUGCUCUUCUUUGCGUUCUUCAUGUUCGCCAUCAGCAUCAAUCUCUACGUGGCCAGCAUCCAGAGCUCCGAAUCCGAGCUACGUCAUCCCAAGCCGCCACCCAAGCGCCGCUCCCUCUGGCCGCAUAAAAACAUCGUAGCCCACUAUAUCGGACGGGGCGACAUCUUCGGCAACAUGACUGCAGACGAUUACAACAUUAACCUGUUCCAGCCCGUGCAGGGCGAGGGGGCUGAAGGGCGGCCUGUUGUGGUGCCGCCGCGCGAUCGCUUUCGCAUGCAACGCUUCUUCCGGCUGAACAGUUUCAAUCUGCUGGCCAGCGAUCGCAUCCCACUGAAUCGAACCCUGAAGGACUACCGCACGCCAGAAUGCCGAGACAAGAAGUACACCGGGAGUCUUCCCCACACGUCCGUGAUUAUCGUCUUUCACAACGAAGCCUGGUCCGUGCUCCUGCGCACCAUCACCAGCGUAAUCAACCGCUCACCGCGCCACCUGCUUAAGGAAAUCAUUCUUGUCGACGAUGCCAGUGACCGAACCUAUCUGAAACGACAGCUGGAAAGCUACGUAAAGGUCCUAUCGGUGCCCACGAAGAUCUACCGCAUGAAAAAGCGAAGUGGACUUGUCCCUGCCCGUCUGCUGGGAGCGGAGCACGCUCGCGGUGAUGUACUGACUUUCCUGGACGCGCACUGCGAGUGCUCCAGGGGAUGGCUGGAGCCACUGCUGGCUCGCAUCAAAGAAUCCCGCAAAGUAGUCAUUUGCCCCGUAAUCGACAUCAUUUCCGACGACAACUUCAGCUACACGAAGACCUUUGAGAAUCACUGGGGCGCCUUCAACUGGCAGCUGAGCUUCCGGUGGUUCUCCUCGGAUCGCAAGCGGCAGACAGCCGUAAGCGGCUCGAAGGACAGCACCGCUCCGAUAGCCACUCCGGGAAUGGCUGGCGGCCUGUUCUCCAUUGACCGAGAGUACUUCUACGAGAUGGGAUCCUACGACAGCAACAUGCGCGUUUGGGGCGGCGAGAACGUAGAGAUGUCUUUCCGGAUUUGGCAAUGUGGCGGACGCGUGGAGAUCAGUCCUUGCUCCCAUGUGGGCCACGUAUUUCGCAGCAGCACACCGUACACGUUCCCCGGCGGCAUGAGCGAGGUGCUAACAGACAAUCUGGCCAGAGCGGCCACCGUGUGGAUGGAUGAUUGGCAGUACUUUGUGAUGCUCUACACCUCGGGCCUGACGCUGGGCGCCAAGGACAAGGUGAACGUAACGGAACGCAUAGCCCUGCGGGAAAAGCUCCAGUGCAAACCGUUUUCGUGGUAUCUUGAGAAUAUCUGGCCGGAGCACUUUUUCCCGGCGCCUGAUCGCUUCUUCGGUAAAAUCAUCUGGCUGGACGGGGAGACAGAGUGCGCCCAGGCGUACAGCAAGCAUAUGAAGAGCCUACCAGGGCGCGCCCUGUCUCGUGAGUGGAAACGGGCCUUCGAGGAGAUCGAGAGCCAGUCGGAGCAGUUGCUAGCCUUAAUUGACCUGGAAAGGGACAAGUGCCUCCGACCGCAGAAGCAGGACGUGCCACGCUCCUCAUUGUCACCCGUGACCGUGGGCGACUGCACCUCGCACGCCCAGAGCAUGGACAUGUUUGUGAUCACGCCCAAAGGCCAAAUCAUGACCAACGACAACGUUUGCCUUACCUACCGCCAGCCAAAGCUGGGCGUGAUCAAGAUGCUGAAGAACCGCAAUGCCACCACCUCGAACGUUAUGCUUACCCAAUGUGCCAGCGACUCUAGCCAGCUGUGGACCUAUGACAUGGACACCCAGCAGAUCUCGCACCAGGAUACGAAGCUCUGCCUUACUCUUAAAUCUGCGACAAAUGCUCGCCUUCAGAAGGUAGAAAAGGUGGUGCUCAGCAUGGAGUGCAACUUCCAGGACAUCACCCAGAAGUGGGGCCUAAUUCCGCUGCCAUGGCGUAUGUAGAGGAGAAGUGCCAGGACCCUGCCAGGAAGUCUUCAACCCAAUGUGAUAUUUAUUGAAAUUGUUUAAAAAGCGCCACCCUAUGCCGACUUGUUUAUUUAAACAACUGAGCAAAUCACACAAACCCAACACUAAUGUUCAACUCCCUAACGAACCCGGAACAGACCCACAAGAAUUGUUUUAAAAACACACAAAAAAGUGCUCAGCCAGGAGCUUUUCUCCCGGCGGGCACUGCGACUCGAUAGUAGUAGAUCAGUGCUAUGUCUAUGUCAUAUUUAUUAAGCAAUCUUAGGAAAUUUUAGCUGUAGUACUACAGUACUUACCACCCUAACACCCCACCCCCACACAUACACACACCCUCUUUUAUAUCACUUGAAUAAAACAAUCGUAUAUAUAAAUAUGUAAA